UAAAAAAGAAAAAUAAGAAGACACGCCAUUUCAAGGUUUUAAAAUGUCAACACUAGAUAUUUAAACUGCCUGUUUUGUGUAUUUCUGGGAAAAGAGGAAGGCAGAGCCAUGAGUCUCAGUGAAGAGAAAGAAGAUGCCUCUAAAAUGAGUUCUCCGUCUCCUGAAACAAGCUGCGAUCAACCCAUGAAGAAUCUGCCCUCUGCAUUCAGUAAUGCAACAGUGACAUCUGACACCAGCACCAGCAGGAUGAAGAGACAGAGAUCAGAGUCUCCAGAUCCCAGUUGUGUGUCUUUGAAGAGUAGCAGGUCAAUGGUCCGACCUGAUUCAUUCAGUGACGAAAUGUCCUCUGACCCUCCAAGCACUGCAUCCCAGGAGACUGGAGAUCUGCAGAAACCAGUGGAUGAUGUUCUUCAGAAAGUCAAAGAGCAGCAUAAAACAAACUUGAAGAAAAAAUAUGAGAGCUUAUUUGAGGGAAAGAAACUCCAGGAGAAUCAAACACUCCUGAACAGGAUCUACACACAGCUCUUCAUCAUAGAGGGAGAGAGUGAAGGAGUGAAUGAAGAACAUGAAGUUUUACAGAUGGAGAAAACAGCCAGAACAAAACACUCACAAGACACUCCAAUCAACUGCAAUGACAUCUUUAAAUCCUCACCUGAACCAGGAUGUGAGGAGAAAGACCAAAUCAAGACUGUUCUUACUAAAGGCAUCGCUGGAAUCGGAAAAACCGUCUCUGUGCAGAAGUUCAUUCUGGACUGGGCCGAGGGAAAAGACAAUCAGGAUGUAGAUUUCAUGUUUGUGCUUCCAUUUCGAGAGCUGAACUUGAUCCGAGAUCAUCAGUACAGUCUUCACAGACUUCUGCUGGACUUUCAUCCUGAACUUCAAGAUCUGGACUCAAAGAUUUAUGAGGAGUGUAAAGUUGUGUUCAUCUUUGAUGGUCUGGAUGAAAGCAGAAUCACACUGAUGUUUUCAGAUGAUCAGAAAGUUUGUGAUGUGACUGAGACUUCAUCAGUGGGUGUGUUGAUGUCAAACCUCAUGAAAGGAGAGCUGCUUCCCUCUGCUCUCAUCUGGAUCACCUCCAGACCAGCAGCAGCCAAUCAGAUCCCCUCCAAAUACAUCAACCGUCUGACAGAAAUACAGGGAUUCAAUGAGUCUCAGAAGGAGGAAUAUUUCAGGAAGAGAAUCAGUGACCAGCAUCAAGCCAGCAGAAUCAUCUCACACAUCAGAAGAGCAAGAAGCCUCCACAUCAUGUGCCACAUCCCCGUCUUCUGCUGGAUCUCAUCCACUGUGCUUCAGAAGCUCCUGAAAGAAGAUGUGAGUGCAGAAAUCCCUCAAACUCUGACUGAAAUGUACAUCCACUUCCUGCUGAUUCAGAUCAACAUGAGGAAUCAGAAGUAUGAAGAGAGAGAUCCAGAGAAACUCCUGCAGUCCAACAGAGAAGUGAUUGUGAAACUUGCUGAAGUGGCUUUCAAACAGCUGAUGAAGGGCAAUGUGAUGUUCUAUGAGGAGGACCUGAUUGAGAGCGGCAUAGACAUCACUGACGCCUCAGUGUAUUCUGGGAUUUGCACUGAGAUCUUUAAGGAGGAAUCUGUGAUUCAUCAGAGGAAAGUCUACAGCUUCAUUCAUCUGAGCGUUCAGGAGUUUCUCGCUGCUUUCUAUGUGUUUUACCAUUAUGUAAUGAUACAUAUGAAUACAUUGAAGUUUUUUGUCAUACAUAAUCUGCAUAGAGAUGCAGUAGAUAAAGCCCUAGAGAGUGAUAAUGGCCAUCUGGAUCUGUUCCUGCGGUUCCUGCUGGGCGUCUCACUGGAGUCCAAUCAGAGACUCUUACAGGAUCUACUGACACACACAGAGAACAGCUCAGAGAGCAUCAGGAGAACCACACAGUACAUUAAAGAGAAGAUCAAAGAUGGACAUGGACUCUCCACUGAAAGAUCCAUCAAUCUGUUCCUCUGUCUGCUGGAAGUGAAAGAUCAGACUCUGUCCAGAGAGAUUCAGGAGUUUGUGAAAUCAGACAAACACUCAGAGAAGAAACUCUCUCCUGCUCAGUGCUCAACAAUCGCCUACAUGCUUCAGAUGUCAGAGGAGGUGCUGGAUGAGCUGGACCUCAAGAAAUACAACACAUCAGAUGAGGGGAGAAGAAGACUGAUACCAGCUGUGAUCAACUGCACAAAAGCUCUUCUUGCUGGUUGUAAUCUCACUGCUCAGGAUGGUGAAAUUGUAUCAUCAGCUCUACAAUCCUCAAACUCUGUUCUGAGAGAGUUGGAUCUGAGUAACAAUGACCUUCAGGACUCAGGAGUGAGGCUGCUCUCUAAUGGACUGAAGAGUCAAAACUGUCAGCUGGAGAUACUGAGGUUGUCUGGCUGUAUGGUGACAGAGGAAGGCUGUGGUUAUUUGUCUUCAGCUCUGAGUUCAAACCCCUCACACCUGAGAGAGCUGGAUCUGAGCUACAAUCACCCAGGACAAUCAGGAGUCCAGCUGCUCAAACACAAACUGGAGGAUCCAAACUGUGCACUGCAGAUACUCAAUUUGGACCAUGAAGGACAUUUCAGGAUCACACCAGGACUGCGAAAAUAUGCUUGUGAUCUCACACUGGAUCCAAACACAGCACACACUCAACUCAUCCUGACUGAAGGGAACAAACGAGCAAAGUAUGAAAGAGAGAAUCAGCCGUAUCCUGAUCAUCCAGACAGAUUUGAGAACUGUGAGCAGGUUCUUUGUCAGGAGAGUCUGACUGGACGCUGUUACUGGGAGGUUGAAUGGAGUGGAUUGGGUCAUGUAGCAGUGUCAUAUAAAGGAAUCAGCAGGAAAGGUGGGAGUGACUGUCGGUUUGGAUUCAAUGACAAGUCUUGGAAUAUUUACUGCUGUGAUACAGUUUACUCUGUUUGGCACAAUAAUAAGAGCACAACAAUUCCUCGACCUUCACCAUCUAAUAGAGUAGGAGUGUAUCUGGACUGGUCAGCCAGCUCUCUGUCCUUCUACAGUGUCUCUGACACACACACACUCACACACUUACACACAUUCAACAUCACAUUCACUGAACCCCUCUAUGCUGGAUUUCUGGUGUAUCCUGAUUCUUCAGAGUUUCUCUGUCCGAUGUAACAACCUCUUGUGAGGAACCACAAAGUUAAUUGCUAGAAGUGUCUAU